AUGUCGACUUCUUCUGGAACGCCCACGCCAGGCCCUGUGCCACUAUCAAUUGCUCCUGCAACGGCCUCGCAUCAACGGUCGCUUUCCGUGAAACCUCUAGCUGCUGCCCCAUCACCGGCACCAGUCGCCCAGUGCUCGAUUACCUCAAAGGAAUGGAUCAUUCCUCCACGCCCCAAGCCAGGCCGUAAGCCUGCCACGGAUACGCCUCCUACAAAACGUAAAGCUCAAAAUCGGGCAGCCCAGAGGGCCUUUCGAGAGCGAAGAGCUGCGAGAGUGGGAGAACUCGAAGAACAGAUCAAAAAAAUCGAAGAGGAAAACGAGCGAGAUGAAGCUGCGUUGAAGGAGACCAUCCAGAAACAACAGCAGCAAAUAGAGGAGUAUAAGAGCCAAUUACUAUGGUGGAAGAACCGAUGCAAAACUCUAGAGGAUGAGCUCAUGACCGAAAAGGUUGCUAAGGAGGACGCCAUCAAACAGCUUGAGAGGGCAAACAACUCAGGGAGAACGACGAACAAUGGCCACUCUGUCAUCGGUGGGUGCGAACGGUGUUCCUUCACGCGAUGCCAGUGUAUUGACGAUGCGUUCAAUAUUGCCAACAUCACUCAGAUGCAGACAGAUGAUCCUCAUUCCAAACGGGGCAGGUCACCUUCCCAAGGAGCUACCCAAAAGCGUCACCGAUCAAACCCCGAAAUCAAAACAGAACCCGAAGACCUAGAGACCGAUUUUACCAAUUCUUUCUCCCUUAGAAGACAUUCAAGGCCGGGAAGCCAUGCUGCCGCACCUAUACUGUUAGAUCCAUGUGGUUUUUGCCAGGAUGGUUCACCGUGCAUCUGUGCCGAAAUGGCAGAGGAAACACCAAGUGACAGAAGUAAUCAGCCCUCACAAUUGAACAAACUACCAUCUAUCCAGAAUAUAUCGCAAUUCACACCGCCUCCCUCCGAAGGAGACGUCCUUUCAAAGUCAGCUACGCUAGUGUCCAGCAACAAGAGCAAUCCCUGUGCCAAUGGGCCUGGAACUUGUGCUCAAUGUCUUGCAGAUCCUCGAAGCUCAGUUUUCUGUAAGAGCCUUGCUGCCUCCCGUGCAUCUUCCCGUCAGGAAGGUGGGUGCUGUGGAGGAGGUGGUGGGAAGGAUGGAUGCUGCAAAAGCCGAUCGCCCGGCACAGACUCGUCUAAGCAACCUACAUCAUCGCCUCCUAUUACGCUCAGCUGUGCUGAUACUUUUACUACCCUAUCUCUACAUCCGAAAUUCGCUUCUGCAUCAAGUGAAUUAAGCAAUUGGAUACCCCAACUGCACACCCUUCCUAAUCCCCAAAACCUUAAUCCUGACCGGCGACGAGACCAAAACCUCACUAACCGACCUGCUUUGGAAGUUGAGGCUGCCAGUGUCAUGGGAGUCUUGCGAUAUUUCGAUCGAAGAUUUGCCGAUUCCAAGUGA